AUGGCAAAUAAUAUAAUACCUCAGGAAGAUAACACUAGCGAGAUACUAAGGGCCGACAUACUUAAAUAUGGUUACAUAAACAAACGAAAUAAACUCAGAAAAAAUAAAACAAAUGCUAAUCCAGCUAAACGUCAAGAAUGGGCCAUUAGGUUCUUGGAAGAAGAACGCAAUAACUUGACGGUUGAUUUGAAUGCUAUGGAGUCCAAAGAAAAGUCAAAGGUAGACGAGAAGUACAGGGCAAAGUUUAUAAGUUUAAUUCACCAGACUAAACAGGCCAAAAUCGACCUGAAUGAACAGAGGAAAAUUGAAGAGCAGGUGAACAAAGAGAUAGUCCUAUUAGAGGCUGAACUGGAAAAACUUACAAUCAAAAAUAGAAUGGCAAAUGUCGACGUUCCGACUUUGACAACUAAUACUGUAAAUUAUGAAUACAAUAGGCUAAUUGAAGAACAAAACCAACUGAAAAUACAAGUGGAAAACUUACUUAAACGAUGGCAACAAAUACAAAACAUUUAUAAUUCACACAUGAAAAAGUUAAACAAAGGAAAAGAAAUAGCAUCAAUUCUUUCCGAACAAGUAGCAAGGACCUACACAUACAGAAAUGAAGCUAAGGAACGAUUGGAGACAUAUUUAAAAACAAGUAACACUCAAACUGGUGAUUAUGAAAACCGUUUAGUGUCACUCAAACGGCAGGUGAACGAAGAUUUAAGAAUGACAACAUUUCUUUCACAAAAGCUAAAAUUAAGACAUAGUAAACAAACUGAAGAACCCCAAGUUGAUAAUACAGAAAUGUUAGCAUUGAAUGUUGAAGCAGAAACAUUUAUUAAACAUUUAAUUCACAUUGCUGAUGAAAAAAACUUAGAAAAAAUUAUGGAUCAAAUUGUUAAAAUGGACCUUGAUAAUAAAUGUAUGUUUAGGUUUUUGAUGGAGAUAGAAUCAUACUUGACGAACGCUGAAAAAACGAUCGAAGAGACGCGCAUCAUCGUGUCGGACAGAAAGCGCGAGCUUUGCGAAACGCAGGCGGCGAAAACGGACGAGUUCGCGAGCGCCAUGAAGACGUUGAAAUCCGGUCGUACGUCAUUGCGGGAGGCGCGCAGGACGUUGCGUCUGAUGGCGGACGAAUGGCGGCAGACGUGCCGUACGGUUGACGACGCGUGCAAAUUGAUGAUGGGCAGGGACAGCCGGCGGCCGUCGUACAGUCUCCUAGUGCGCGACGACGGCCGCGACGGCCAACGAGGGUGUGAAGACGACGACGAACACUGCAGAGGAGGAGAAGAAGAAGGGGAAGACGAAGAAGACGGCGAAGACGAAGCCGAAGACGAAGCCGAAGCCAACGAAAGCGACGACCACGAUGGCGGCCGCCGUCAGCACCGCCGGCGCGGCCGCCACCGACGUCGCCGCCGUCGUGGACGUCCGCGCGGCGGCCGACUAUCGCCAACGGCCAUAGUGACAGAGGUGGUUGAGUAUUUCGAGCCGAUCGACAGGCGGCUGGACGACGUACUGCAACGGGUGUUCUGGAUCCAAAACAACUAUGUUGGUGGAGACAGCGGACCGAGAGAGCAGCUUGAGGUGCCCGCCGGUGAAUCGAUGUCCACCACGUCCGAUCAGGAAGACGAGUUCUUAGCACGUGAUCUGGACGGAACAGUGAACAGGCACUCGAAAAUCAUUGCCGCCCUAGAUCCGACCACUGUGACAGUCGACAACGAAGCACCGCCGCCGCCGGACGGUGGUCAAGUGUCUUCACUCUGUCCGAGGUGUUUAGAAAAACGUUACGAAGAAGAAAAUCAAUGGGUGUUGAGAUAUAUCGAUAAGUUCCAGGGUGACAGCGUUGCACCACCGACCGCAUCACUUGUAUGCCAAAAUAAAAAUGUCAGUUUCAAAGACAUCGAUGACGAAGAGUUCAAGAAAUACUUUCACCGAACUUUAGAUUGUCCUCUUUAUACAGCUGAAAAGUUCCACGCGAAGUGA